AUGGAAUUCGAAAAAAGUGAAGUCUCAAUUCCUCAUGAAAUAAUUUUUGAAAUAUUCUCAUGGCUUCCUGUUAAAUCGUUAAUGCGUUUCAAGUGUGUUUCCGGAUUAUGUAAUUCUCUGAUAUUCGAAUCAGAUUUUUUGCAUAUCCAUAGAUGUCGUUCUAGCGGAACAAAGUUCUUACUCCAUAAAUGGAAUUCUUUUUACGCUGUUGAUCUAAAGGAAGAUGGAAAUAUCUCUACCUCCCUUUUACUAACUGAGAGAUUACCUACAUAUUCUGGUUUGAAUUGUGCUAAUGGUUUAUUUUGCGUUUGGGAACUAUAUAACGGACAACCUGCUUUGAUUUUCAAUCUCAGUACAAGAGAAGUAAGAUUUCUUCCGAACCCAAAUAAAGGCAUAGAUGAAUCGUGGAGAGAGACUCAAAGUAUUUACCCUUAUCUUCCAUAUGGUAAACCUAGUGUUUGCAUUAGUGGAGUUAUCUAUCAGUCUGUUAGAAGUGUUGUUUUUGGUGAUCAGAAAUGUGCUAUAGCUGCAAUUGAUGUUAAAUCUGAAAAAGUCGAAAUUAUUACAUUGUGGAUUGAAUCUUACCGGCAAGAUUACAAGUUGAUAGAGGUGAAGGGAAAGUUAGCAAUUGUGGAUUAUCAUCGGGUAAAGAGUUUCGACUUGUGGAUUUUGGAGCAUUCUCCAACAAGAGAAUGGAAGAGACGUAACAUUCCAUUUCCUUCAAAAUGGAAUUACGAAGUGUCUAGACCUAUACCAUCCAUCACUUCCCGCGAUGGGAAGAUUGUAUUCAUCUGCGAGUUUAAGCCAAAGGAUUUAUGCUGGUGUUAUGAUGUCAGUGCAAGGAGAAGGAGAUGGACAAAAUUAGAAAUCGAGCAUCUUCCUGAGAAGACCAGCAUCCAUCGCAUUUAUAGUUAUGUGGAGGCUUUAGAUCGUAGCAUUUAG